CUCAUUCGUACUGCACAGGUGAACAAAACAGGAGAUCGGAAAUGAACAGUGUACGAAGUUGUUGUACCAAAGACAUUUCGAAUAUCGAACUAAAAGAAGCGAAUUGUGAUUUCACAAAAAAUAAAAACAAGGAUUUAAAAGUUCUCGCUGGAACAUAAUACCAAUAAUACCAAGUGCUUUGAACGCGAAAAUAUGAAAAGUUGACAGAUAAAUUUAAUAAAUCAAUAGUAAAAUUAGAGUAAUGGAAUCGAAUAUACACUAAGUGAAGUGCUGUUAGCCAGUUACCAUGGAAAGUGCUAUCCUUAGCACGGCUAGUAAUAAUAGAUUGCGGACACAUUUGAAGAAUGCUGCAAGCAGCCUCUGUGCGAGGACGUUGCCCAAGCAGCGGCGUGCGGAGGUGGUCGACACCACCGGUACUCGACACCAUCACACCUACCCACGGGCGACACCUCCAAGGAGAACCCCUAUCUCCUGUCGCAUGGAACCUCUCGUGUGCGACUCCAUGCAGCAAGCGCCGCCUAAUGAGAUGCAACACGUUGAAUAUGAUAUCAAACCGCCCACUGCGCCGAAUGGUACGGUGAUGUUAAAGGGGAAUCUCGCUAGGGAGGUGGCGAGUGCAUGGGGCUGCCGCGUGGGCCCGCCCGACCAGCCCGCGCCAGCAAAAUGCGUGCAGAGUCUCUUCAACGACAUAGAGCUGUACCCUACUAAGACCCAGGUGUUCGAAAUGUUGGUAUGCGCGCGUCAGUGUGCGCGACGCAAGUCGUUCACGCUCACAUUUGGCGAGUUCUGCGUGUUUGCUGCCGAAUUGAGACGAUGUUCACGACAGGCCAGACAGACUCCAAACAAACCGGAAUCGCCACAGUGGAACGUAGAUAAAGAACUCCGCGAGAAAGACAACAAACAUGUCAACGGCAGCGAGGCGUCACCGCCGCCGUAUGAGGUGUUCCUCGGCGGAUCUUGCAACCCCACCACCUGGAGGUCGGACAUAGCGAUCCCGAUGCUGAAGAAGAUGGGCAUUACAUACUUCAACCCGCAAGUGGACGACUGGUCCACGGAACUGAUGGAGGUGGAGCACCAAGCGAAGGCCGCUGCGCGUGCGUUGCUGUUCGUCCUGGACAGCGAGACGCGAGCAGUGGCGGCCAGUGUGGAGGCAGCGCUUCUGGCCGCUGAGCCCAGGGACCUACUGCUUGUGCUCAAACCGUACACCCGCCACCAGACCAUCGGCCAGGAGAAGAUCUCGGAACAGGAGUACGUGGAGCUAUCUAGAGCGAGGGCGACGCUCCAGGAGGUGGUCGAGCGGCGCGGUCUGCCAGCCUUCACGGACAUUCCGAAUGCGCUGCGUUGCGCGCGCAUGGUUUUACGCGGCGCGCGAACGCAUCCACAACAUGUGCUGGGCUACACCAUCCGGCGAUUAAAACGCGCGUACGACGCCUCCGGCGGCCGGCAUGGACAACUCGGCCGGUCGAAAGCCGUCGACGCGUUACGUGACGUCACCAAGUGCACCAGAGAUGCGGCCGAAGCGUGCCUCCAACCCACGGAUGCGAGUGUGGACUUUGAGACCUUUUGCGCGGCCGUCGCAGAGCUGGCCGCUGAUCCUGAAGUUCAUGAACGCAGUCAAGACAAUGAAGUGGGUGCGGACAGCGGAGCGAUACGCGACGCGACAGAGCGAGUGGCGGACGCUAGUAGAGAGACGAACGGCCUUCACGUGUACAACGCACGUUUAAAAGCAUACGGCAGAAAGCUUGGAUUGUUCAUUCCAAAGAACGGCGGCAGUAGACCGCCGUUGGAGGCGGAGAGCGGGGGCAGCAGCGGCGAUUCGGUGUUCACGCCGGGCACGGAGCGCCGCCUAGAGAAGCUGCCGGCCAUGUUGGGGGCACCAACGCAUGACGUGUAUCUAGGAGGCGCUUACCCGACGAAUAGCACGCGGCCCGAAGAGAUACUUCGCCGGGAAGGGCUGACAUACGUAAUACCUCGGCCCAACGACUACACUCGCAUGUUUUCCGCGCCCGCCCGUCGAUCAGCGCCUGCGCAUCCCGAAUCGCCCCGCCACGACAAGAAGCCCCGCCCUUCGCCCCUCCACUCGCCUAUAGAAGACGUUCAACUGCGGGACAAACCCGUCGACAUAGAUCCGGCGGAGAGAUUGAGCGCUUCAGAUUUCUACACCGUCACUGAGGACUCGACGCCGCAGCCGUUCAAAGGCUUGUUCGACGAAGACCUGCUGCUCGGUUCCCGCGUGCUAGUGUUCAGUAUGAGCGCCGAGUCGCCUUGCUUCGCGGCGAUGGUACUGGCCGCCCACUACAUGGGGCUGCGUCCUUCCAACACCGUGCUAUUGGUGCAACCGAUGGACCCCAAACUGGCGCCCAAUUACACGGCUACAGCAAUAAAAGAUUACAACCGCGGACGGCACUACCUCACAGACUUAGCGCGACGCGCCAGCAUACCAGUGUUCGACAACGUCGACUCCACCAUGGCCUACGUAGUCAAUCGACUGCGAGCCCUAUAGCCAUAGCUCUGCUUCUACCAACUUAUCGACGACUAAGGGCCGAUUUCUUAAAUCUCGGAUAAAACUUUCUACCGAAUAAAAUUAUAAAAAAUGUCUACCAUCACAUCAUAAAUAAACACGAAUGAAAAAUAAACACAACUCUUUAUUUUGUCCGUUAAAUAGGAUAUCACAAGAAUAGUUUAUAAAACAGGGAUUGAAAAAUCAGCCCUCAGUCGCGAGCUUGCUCCGAGCGAUUGGGAUUUCAUAUACCUAUAACCAGCAUCAUUAAAAAUUAAUCGGAAAUCGACGUAAGAUAUUCUGUCCCUCUGCCAUAUCUUGUUGGAAAUAAUGUGCGAGAGGGAGAGUUUACCUUGCUUCAUAUUCACUUAAUAGUCUUAAAAAAUAUUCAAUUUUCAAUCAAUCGGAGCUCGGGAGUUAAUGGCGUUUGGCGAUUGCAGACAAAGCAAGUACCGCCUUAACUUGAACUUGUAACUUACAAAACGCUCUACAAUGGUCACUUUGGACAGUUCAAGUAUUCACUUAGUCAAAUCACAACGGAAUCUCACUUAUUAUUUAAUUGUUCUUUCCGAAGCUCGGUUGUGCAGAAGCGAUCCAAUCACAAACUCAAUAAAGUCAUCACAAAUGAUAAUGGACUUGUUUUGUUAGCGCGGCGAAGAGUCUCAUAAAGCAUGUACUUAUUAUAAUUUCAAGGCGUUUAGUUUAGUACAAAGAAUGUCUCUCUCUUAUAUUCAUCACUCUCUACUGUAAUAUAUAAUUAAUUAUCUAACGUUAUUUAGACACUAAAUUUUAAUUCAACUAGAAUGAAUGCGAGUGAAUGGUGAUGGCGGCGAAUGAUUCGUGAGUGACGGACGAGGAUAUAACAAAUCUCUGUGAUGAAUUUGUUUAGGAAAUUUUAAUAUUUGUGAUUUUUUCAAUGCAUAGCUCUUAGGUUUUAAUAAACGUAAACGAGUGUACGACGACCUUAUGAAAACUGCGUUAGUGAAAUAGGUAACUAAAACUCUAUUCAAUAACUAGUGUCAGUGGAGAAAAUUUACGGACUCAAUGUUAGAUAUAUAUUGUUGUUUGUAAAUACAAUGACUUCUAUGUAUAAAUAAUUCCGGAAGAGGUUGAAUAUUGUAUUUGAAAUUGUCAACGUACCAUGCAGGCGACAUGUUUUAAAGUAAAAAAAAAACAGUUUUAUUUACUUUUUAGCACAUU